AUGGCGGAAAUGGCACAGCGGAUCCUCAUGAAUGAGUUCAAGCAGCUCAGCAAGGAGAAGUGGACCAACAUCGAGCUGAUCAACGACAAUGUUUUCGAGUGGAGCGUAGCGCUUAUCGUCAUGAAUGAGGAAUCCAUGUAUUACGGCGGCUACUUCAAGGCCAAGAUGACGUUUCCUCGCAACUACCCGCACAGCCCACCAGACUUCAAGUUCAUCCGGCCGCUCUACCACCCCAACAUCUACCCCGACGGCCGCCUGUGCAUCUCGAUCCUCCACCCGCCCGGCGAUGACGAAAUGUCGGGCGAGACUGCCGCCGAGCGCUGGUCGCCCGUGCAGCGCGUCGAGACGGUGCUCAUCUCGAUCCUCUCGCUCCUCGACGACGCCGAGGUCUCUUCGCCUGCCAACGUCGACGCAGGCGUCAUGCUGCGAAACAAGCCAGACGAGUACAAGGACAUGGUCAAGAAGGACCUGGAGCUGUCCAAGCAGGAUAUCCCCGCUGGCUUUGUCAUGCCUACCAACGAGACGGCGUGGAAGAAGGAAAAGGACAACGGCGACUUUGACAUGAGCUGGGAGGACAGCGACGCCGAGAGCCUCGACUUUGGCGGCAGCGAGAGCGACUUCGACGAGGAGGACCAAGAGAUGGACUCUGACUUUGAGGGUGACGACGACGACGGCGAGGACGACGACGACGAGCACAGCGCUGCCAAGCGCGGACAGACUCCUGCGAAGCACUAG